CUUCAUACUAACAAGAAUUAGCAGAAGCAGACCCAUGGCUAAUUCAAUGGCGAUAGCUGUUUCACGAUUUUAGUUGUGAAAAUGCCAUCUGCAGUUAUGAUGUCUGAAAAUUUUGACAAACUUCUGGAGCAGUGCGAAACGCAAGAAUUAGAGGCACCUGGUGGAAUUGCCACCCCCCAAGUCUACUCACAACUACUGGCUCUUUAUCUGCUGCACAACGACAUGAACAAUGCUAGAUAUCUUUGGAAGAGGAUCCCUCAAGCUAUCAAAACAGCAAACCCUGAGCUGGCUGCCGUGUGGGCAGUGGGACAGCACAUCUGGCAGAGAGAGUUCCCGGGGAUCUACUCGACCAUCGCCGCAUACCAGUGGUCUGAGGGCAUCGGACCAAUCAUGGAGGCGCUGCAAGAGUCCACCCGCAGGAGAGCCUAUGGGCUAGUGGCCCAGGCCUACACCUCCAUCAUGGCCGAAGACUUUGCUGCGUGUGUGGGGUAUUCUGUUGAGGACGCUGUGAAGGGAGUGGUCAGCCAGGGUUGGCAGGCGGACCCCAACACACGGAUGGUGAUGCCGCAGAAGCCAGAUCCGCCCCCUGUCUCUCUGGUUCCAAACGAACAGCAGCUGGCCAGACUCACUGACUACGUGGCUUUCCUUGAGAACUGAUAGAUGGCUUCCCCCUCCUCUUCUCCUUCCCCUGCGCUUCGACUGCCUCAAAGAUGACACUGCGAGAGCUGUCUCCUCUCCUGAAUCUGGCCUAGAAGGACUUAUUUCGCACAAGGACUCUGCCAUCCAGUGUAAUAUCUGCACACCAUGGUUCAGUUGCACAGCCCAGUCCUCUGCCGACCCAGAGUGCUCCAGUGCUUCACCCCCCCACCCCACCCCACCCCCGCUUACUCCAGAUUGGUUUAUCCUAAAACGUUUUCUUUUCUUUUUUUCUGAUUUUUGUAUUUGUCUCUUUUUUUGCUUGUUGACGUCAUGAUGUGGAAGGUCAAGGCGACACGGAAGGAUGUCGUAAAGUGUUGUGAUGUUAAGCGCUAUCAUAAGAGCAUCGAUGAAGGGUGACUUGUUUCCCAUAAACCGCCUCUGAAACCUAAAACUGUUGUGUGUUUUGUCAGUUGUUAGGCACCGUUAUUUGUGUGGUCCUCCAGCUGUGCUGAAUCUCUCAACAUGUGAUAAAAACACACAACUCUCCAAUUAAAUUCUACAAGAUACAGAUUCAUACUUUGGUUAAUCAUUUUAUAAAGGCAGGUCUAAAUUGAUGUUUGAAUAAUAAAUGAUGGACUAAAGUAAAGGAGGUUUUUAUUAUGGGCAGACUGGAUGAGCUAUUCUGUUGUUUAUUUAACACCAGAAAUGCAACAAUUGUAUUGAUUCUUUGCACUUAAAUAUAUUGGUAAUGACUUGGUGAAACAGGAACUCAAUAAUUCCAUGGUU